GGUUACCCAUCGAGGCACUCAUUAUUUUGACUUGGAAUGUUUGCAUUACUCCCACAAUGCCGUGUCUCUGUGUUAUUUCCGAAUGGUCUCAGUUUCGGCUUAGGCCUGUCCGCAACGGGCUCCCAGAGCUUUGGCUAAGUCUACUGUCUGCCCGUCUCGGUGUACUUCCAAUGGAGUGAAGACCUUGACCUAGCUCUAGACAACAGAUUUGGAUGCAGCUUAUAGUCUCGACGAGUCUCUCUUCGAAAAUGCAUUCUGGGUAGCAGCUCUGUCACUGUGGUCUUUGUGCCAAUGCAAAGUGCAACACUUUCAAACUGAUAAAUUUGUUUAACCGUCUGAAGCAGGCUACUCGCAGUUGUAUGUCGUGUUAAUACACCCACAGCAGGAGGACUGCGCUUUCAAGGAGUUGAUAACUGAGGUCUAGAAAUGGCCGCAGCAGAAUGGGGCACGAUGUGCUUCAUUGAGGGCGUUCUGAUGUCUUUGGUGAUGCUCCUGACUGUUAAUGUUCAAGCCAGUGUUGCAGAUUGUCCAGAUGACAUCUUUCAGAACACAGACACUGGAAAGGCAACAACUGUCGUGAACUGGCAAGCAAACGACACCACGUGCGAUCUGUUAUCUGGUUCUAGGUUUUCCAUAGGAUCUACAAACAUUACCUGCACCGAUGAGAACGGUAAUGACACCUGCAUUUUCACGGUCACUGUUAAUGAUAACGAGGCCCCAGUUUUCACAAAGUGUCCCUCCGAGCACAUCCGAUGGACCAUUCGAGAUUUCGACCCACUCCUUCCGGCUGUCUCAGCCCAGGUCACGUGGGGCUUGACCUCAGCCAGUGACAACUCGGGGGGCGAGGUGACCUUGAAUUCGACGCACGAGCCGGGGGAUAAAUUUGAGCUGGGAGUGACUUCGGUAACGUACACAGCCAGAGAUGAGUCGGGCAAUAGAAACAGCAGCUGCACGUUCAAUGUUCAAGUUGUUGUUCAACCUCCCGCCGACUACAUAUUCAUCGACAACCCAAGAACAAGCAGCUCAGUUUCUUGUAUGACGGUAGUGUGGCCAGCGUCAAAGGACGGAGAAAAUAAAGAAUACGCUCUCUAUUACUGGAGAAAGGGGACGCCUAAGCCGGAUAGCAGCGAGCGAAUCGUCGUCACACCCCAGCAAGGAGACAUUACCUACACAUUCAACAGGCAAGAGAUAUGCAGCUUGUUCCCUGGAGACUUGUACGUGGUAGAAGUGAGUGAGGAGUCAGGAGACGCCAUCUCAUCGGUAGAGCAUUGGACUAGACCAAGAACACCAAGAUGGAUCAGUGUUGUUUCCGGUACCUCAUCGUCAACUUCCGUGGAGCUGACUUGGGAGAGAGUGAGCUUGCAAAACUUGGAACAAUACAGGGUGUACCUGAACAUGUACACGGGAUAUAGGCCUACUUCAACAAUAGAUCUUGGCUACGUCUCCAAGACAACGGAUAGACUGGUGGUGGACAGCCUCCGUCCUGGCGCUGCAUUUGAUGCAUGCGUAUCUGCAGUGGUUGGUUCAGGAGACAUGCGCCUUGAAAGUCGACCACAAAGCCGAUACAUAAAUCUAGGCUCACUCAGGGAAAGCGAGCUCUUGGCGUACAAUUUCACCGAGUCAACCAUCGCGGUAGCAUGGCGCACUGCGUCUGGCACCAAGAAUCAAAACGACCCGUACAUGCUACACAUCGACCCGGACGAUGCGGACGAGAACUAUUUGGCUGUUUUCAACCCAUCAGGCAGUCUUGCCUUCUCAGAGUUUGUGGGGCUGAAGCCGAACACGGAAUACAAGAUCAAUCUUUUCAGUAAUUUGGGCUUGAUCCUCGGCACGUCGCAGAAAACCAGGCCUGGGCGUGUGGCUAACGUCCGCCCCAUGCUCGUGACGGAUGACGCUAUCAACCUGGAGUGGGAUGCUCCUACGGAGGGUGAUGUCGACUCUUACGAGCUGCACAUCUCUCCGGGCGAAAACAGCGAACCCAUCAAAGCAUGGGGCACAAGUUGUUAUUUCUCGUCAUUAACUGCAAAGACCGAGUACUUCUUCAAGAUUUUUUCUGUUUACGAUGGCAUGAAGAGUGUCCCCCAGACCAUCAUGGUGACAGGCGGUGUAACAAAGGCACACGCCUCGACGCCAGUUAACGUUGUGGCUACGGCCGUAGGCACAGUGCUGAGCUUCCCCUCCAUUGUCUUAACCAUCGGUAUUGUCAUCCUGUGCCUCAAGUAUCGGAGGUUGAAGAACAGCAACGAUAGCAGGGCUACCGUGGCGGUCAGUUUCAAUCCGAAAGAAGAUCUAACUGACGACUAUCAGGACAGUCGUCAUUACCAGGCGAGAAUUAAAGAAACAGAAGGAGUCGACUAUGCUGUUCCCGACGUGGACGGCUCAAGCCACAUGACCCUUGACCCAUCGUAGGAAACACGCACAACGUCCAGAGGAGGAAUGAAUCCUACACACAUAUGACGGAGAUUUAGCAGUGUUACAAUUUAUGCCAUUUCCAAACGAGUGGAAGGCCUAUUAUGAACCGCUGCCGAUUUUCUUUAACCACGUUGGUCCAAGGCUUACCAUGUGAACUGUCAAUUUUACUUAUACACGUAUGUUCUGUCAAACUAAACAGGCCAGGUGUAACAGGAACACAAAUAUGUAUAGGAUGACCAAUUUACGUCUUUCUAUCCGUAGUUUGUCAGGAGGACAGUGUUUAUUGUCGCACCAUUAAUUUUUUUGGCUCUCAUUACUCAGACAUCUGGUCGUAGCUGUGUCAUAAAUCAUUUCACAGCCAACAAGGAAUCCCUUAAAUUGUUGACAAUGAUCAUUUUAGUUUCCAGUUGUCAUUUUAGCUUAUGUGUUUAAUUCUUAGUUCAACAGAUGACUGAACAGCACCGAUAUCUAUUUCGGGGGCCGGAUUCAGCCCUCAUCACCUAUUUCAUUUGCAGAAGUUCUUUCUCCUUCCUGUUGUCGGUCUUUGUUUUGUCUUUUUUUUCUAGAUGAUAAUUAUUGGCUCUUCUUCAAGAGAGUACAACUUUUAAGUUUGAAAUUAACUUCUCAAGAACAUUAAUCCUAAUCCCGCAGUGUUCGUGCAUAUGACGUCAUGAGGGCACAGGCUGUGCCACCAUGACGUCAUAUGUAUAUAUGUAUAUUUGACUUGUGAUUUUGUUACAACUUUGUUACAAAGACCAUCCUUCUAAGAUUCUUUUUGACGUCUGAUUACUCACGUUCACGCGACUGUUCCUUUGAAACUUCCACGGCCUUGUAAUGACGUGAUUAAAAUGCGGAGAUAACAUUCCUUGAUCACCAGAAUUGCUGGGUAGGUAUUAUGAAUACUGAUCAGAAUGUAUAAAUGAAAUCAUAUGUUACAGCAGAAAAAUGGAAGCAACAAGCACUAUGCAGUGUUGCCAAAGGGAGUAAGCUCAUUUGUACACAGCUUCCGGCAAUGAUCAUGGCGUCACAAUGCGCGAGUAGGCUGCCCGUUGCAUCCCCUACUUUCAGGAUGUCGUCAUUUCAGUGAAUACCGGUGUGAAGGCGAUGUUUUCAAUCUGUGCGUGAUUUUCAUUUCAGAAAACUGCUUAUUACCGCAUUAUUGACCUGUACUUUCUCCGUCACCAAUGCAUCUGGGGAGAAGUACAAGAGAACUACUAAACCCAAUCGCGUAUUCAAAUUGCACACCACACGCUUCGUUAGUUGAUUCUCCUGUAAGCAGCCACUUCACGGUUAUUGUUAUUUAUUAUUUAUUAUUAUUUAUUAUUUAUUAUUAUUGUUAUUUUUUGCAUGAUUACUUUUUUAUUUACUUCAUGCAUGUAUGCGAAUGGAGAAAGUUAAUAAAUA